AUGGUUGAUUCAGACAACGAAAAUAAUGCACCGGUAGCUGCAGGGGUUACAAGGGCUGAGUUUGAGAGGAUGCAGGAACAUAUGCGACAAUCGAAGCGGGUCAGUAGCAUUGAGUCUCAGAGGUACGAUGAGCUGAAUGAGAAAUACAAUCAGUUGCUGAAGCAAAAUCAGAGGAGUGGAAAGGAAAAAACGUACGUGCAAAACGCGGGCGUUUCUGGCUCUCAGGGAUUUUCAAGACAGUCUGGCGUGCAAAAUCCGGGUCUCCAGAAAAAAUUUUCACAGCGUUUUGAGAAACAGUUCAUGCAAAGUCUGGGUCAGAACGGAUUUCAGGGUGGAUUUCAGCAGAAACCGCCAUUCAACAAUUUUCAAGCUCCUGCGAGCUCUCAAGAUGAACUCAAGGAGCUAGCCAUUGAUCUGGAAGAGACNGAAUCUGAGGAGGUGAGAGAGUCUGCAAAUGAGGACACUACAAAGGAAUCAUUGCCUACUAGAGUCUAUGCUCCAAGGGUUCCAUACCAUACUCACCCUAAGAAGUCACGGAAGGACUUGGAGGACGCGAAAUGUAAGGAGAUGUUGGAUGGGCUUACGGUGAAACUUAAUCUUGUUGAUGCAAUCCAGAUGAUUCUUUCGAUGAAGAGAUAUGUGAAAGGCUUGGUGACAAGUAAAGUCUCUACAGAAGAUGACUUCGUGAAGGAUGCGACUGGGUAUGCUAAGAUGAUGGACUCAAGCCAGUCAAUGGGGAAGAUGGUUGCUUAUACGAGUUUGGAUGGAGCUGUUGAGACCUCCAGCAGCAUCUCUUCCUACGCCAAUUGUUAA